UUUGCUUUGUGUGGCAAUGGGGGAGGAGAAGGGCUUGUAUCACCUCCCUCACGACUCCACAGCCACUUUAAAACACGCGGCGCUUAUUCAGACUGACAGCAGAACCAGUUUGCUCUUAUUCACACACCCACUAAUUCUCAGUCAGAUGAGUUCCUCUCCUGACAAAGAACUGGAUUAGGAGUCAUUCUACUAGUACGCUAAACAAUUUCCAGAAGACUGAACUACACCAACAUCAGAUCAUCAGAUCAAACAUCAGUUCCAGUGUUCAGCCAUGGUGCUGUUUGAGGAUCAGGAAUGUGGGGUCUGUUACCUGCGUUACUCCCGCAUCGACCGCGUUCCCAGAACUCUCCACUGCAACCACACAUUCUGCACCCCCUGUUUGGAGACAAUGGGGCUGCAUUACAGCAGCCUGCGCACCAUUCGCUGUCCCCUCUGUCGCCAGGUGACUUGUGUGGACCGUGGGCUCAGCUUGCAGGAGGCUCUUUUUGUCAAUAGCCAAGUGUGGGACAACAUUUGCGAUGAGCAAGAGGAGGAAGAGGACGAGAGAGAACAGGAAAAAGAGGAAGAGGGGGAAAACGCUAAUAUGCAGGUGCUGCCCUCAUCACAGGUUGAAUGUCCAGUGCGAAAACAACACAGACCCAAACUCCGACUCCCGUCUUUCCUGAAGAGAAUGAGUUUUUCCAGGCACCCCGAAGAGAGGAUUGUUCCCACCUGCAAUGUGUAAGUCUUACUGUAAUGAUCGACAACUCAGUUGUGUAUGCCAUGUGCUAAUUACGUCUGGCGUAGCCUACUGAAAAAGCGGGAGCAACAGUCAGUCCUGGACAAGGUUGUUUAAACAAAUCCAAUCCCCUUCCAUGUGCUUCUGCGACUGCAUUUUCCACUUGAAUAGCCACAAGUCCGAAUCCUGCUCCUCCAUCUGAGGGGAACUUCUCAUUAGAUAUUCCACCCUUAAUCCGUCCCAGCUGCUGAGGCCGGAUUUGCUUCAGCUGUCCCGAGAGACGGAGGGUCCCAGAUGCGAAACAAGACUUUCAGAACAGAUGGCAUCUUGUGAAAGAUUCUGAUCACCCCCACAUCUCAAAUGGACUCUUUUAAGUUAUUUUAAGCUUUGUUAUUUAUAUAACUUAUAAAUUAUUGUAAAUUCAAAAAUCUGAUUGCUAAAUGUUGUUGGUUACUUUUUAAACAGUACAUCAUUAUGUCCUGAUUUACAUGCCUAUCUAGAGCAGAGGGGGUUCAAACUUUUUGAUACAAAGACCCCGAAUAUGACAUUACCUUUCUGAGGGACCUCUGUUUCCAAAGAAAAAAUAAUCAACUUUUUUUAUAUUAUCAUUGUGCUUGAAAAAGAAUAAAACAAAUGCAAUACCAUGACUUUUACUAGGCAAAUGAACAAUUAUAUAUGAAAUGAAAUGUUGAAAUGUACAA